UCCGGACCGGCAUUUUUCUCCAGAAUCAGGGAGAGGGCACACACCUGUCUCCUCGCUCGCUUCCUCCGAGCGCCUCCCGCGGGGGCCGGACCGGGCAGCGGCCGCUCUCCGCGACGCCCCGCAUGCACCCCUCCGCGGGCCCCCACCCCGCGGCGCCGCCACAAAGUUCCCGCGGGCGGCGCGCGCUCGGAGCCGGGGCGCGCCCGGCCGGUCUCGGCGCGGCUCCCCCGCCCCGCCCCGCUCCACGUCCCCCCGCCCCGCCCGGGGCUCGCGGCGCUGAGGCGAGGGGUGAGGGACGGGGGAGGAGCUCCCCGCCGCGGCCGCACCCCCGUCGCCUCGCCUUCCUCCUCCUCGGCGCCGCCGCCCGCAGGCCGCCGCCGCCCGCUCGCCCGCCGCUCGGCCGCGCCGCCGCUCGCCGCCCCACCCCCGGAACCCGGCCUCCUCCCGCGCCCCCGGCCGCUCUCCCCCUAAACUUUCCGCCAAGAUGGCGGCCCCGGAUCCGGACCGCGCGCCCCCACGUGACCGCCCGCCCGGCGCCCCCAGCCAAUGGGAAGUGA